GGCAGCGGUUGGGGGCGGGUGGUGCAGGGAUGGAUGUGGAGAAGAUCGCGCGAAGUUACGAGGCGCAGAUCCAAAACUACCAAGGGAGCGACCCGCUGGAGCCAUGGGACAGGUACGUGCAGUGGGUAGAGGGCUCUCUCCCGCCGCAGGAAAAACAGAAGCGCCUGCCGCGUCUCCUGGAGCAGCUUGUGAAGGCGUUCGUGACCGACAAGAAAUAUCACCAGGAUGGCAGAUUUGUUAACUGCUGCAUUAAGCUGGCAGAGUUCAUCAACCCUCCUUGCGUGUAUUUUGACUACCUGUGCGGUCAGGGAAUUGGUACAAAUACCUCUGCCUUCUAUAUUGCUUGGGCUCAGCAGCUUGUAAAAGAGGGCCUUGUGCAGUGUGCAGUAUCUGUUGUUCAAAAAGGACUUCGCAACCAGGCACAACCACAAGAGAACCUGCAACAGCUGUAUUGCUGGCUGCAGAAUUAUGAUCCUUGGAAUCCUUCUCUGCAAGGUGCUGCUACUGUAAAACCACUUCAAACUUCAAAUGCUGAAAAUCAAAUGGCUCCUCACACAGGUGUUACAGUUCCUGAUGAUCUGGCAUACAUGUGCAGAAAUCAGGGUCUUGAUUCUGCUGGUACUCAGUCCUGCUCUUCUGAUGGAAGACAACAAGUAACAUGUGUUACAUACAUCUCUAAAUCUGGAGUUCUUCCUACAUCAUUGUCUUCUGCUGUGGAAUGCAAACAGGUUGCAAUGUAUGAUAAAAAUCUUCUCAUUUGUGAAGGCUCUGAACUUUCAUUUGAGGAGCUGAGAGCCAACCGAUACUUCAAGAAAUACGUGCGCUUCAAGAAACAAAAAGAACAGGAAGAGGAAGAGAAGGAGUUUGUAAGGAAAAAGGAGGCAGCUGUCCUCGAACUGCAAGCCCUGCAGCAGAAGCUGGAACAGCUCACUCAGCUCACCAAAAGCUUGGAGGAAACUAGGCUGGAACCUGCAUCUACAACAUCCGUUGUGCCAAAUAAGACAGAGGUGCAUCCCCAUGUGGCACUCAGUGCAGCUCUGCAGCAGAACUGGAUGGCACCUUGCCAAAGCUCAGGUCUGGUACCAGACCAGCCUCAGUCAAGUACUUUGUUAUCAAAAUCUCUUACACUGGAGUCAGCAAAACCAGCUGGCCACUGGACGACAUCAGCCUCCCUGAUGAAAACACCAUACAAGAAGGAUGCAAUCACAACUCAACAGGAGCUUAGAGAAGUCCAGAAUGGAUUGCUACACCCUCCAUUCAACAAUGUUUCAGCUCAGGAACAGGCACAACCUGACUCAGCUGUUCAGUGGAGUACCAGAAAAGAGCACUCUAAAAAGACAUCAUCCAUUGGACUAACUACGUGCACAGAUGUGGAAGUAUCUAGAGCUGGAAAUGCUUCCUUUGCUUCUGGAAAUGCUUCUCAGGCUACACCAAACACCUCACUGGGAGGAGCAAUGCAGGCAACACCAUUCAAAGUGCAACCUUCACCAACAGUUCAUACAAAAGAAGCAUUGGGAUUUCUAAUGGAUGUAUUUCAAACACCUGUCUUCCCUGAAUUAUCUCCUCUUGAAGAAAGCGAGGAGCAAUUUGAAGCCUUUUUCUGCAAAAGUGAGCUUGAUGGAACCUUGAAAGCAAAUGUCGUCGCCCCCGUUGUACCCAUGUUUUCUAUCUUUGAAGAUGAAGAGGAAAAAGAGAACAAUGGGAUUCCACCACCAAAAAGCAAGACAGAAGAGCCCAGAACUAUUGGAGAGCGUCCCUUGACUGACUGCAUAGAAGAAGAGACAAGGACACCAGAGUUCUUGCAGGAUGAUUGUAUAGUGUGGAAUGCAUCAUGUACUAAUAAAACGUUAGCUUCCUGUCCAAACAACACAAGAGACUUUACAGAAGCUGCCCGGCUUGUAUCAACACCGUUUAAUUACCUGUCAGUGCGUUCACGGCAAGCUUUGGAGGACAAAGCUUCCAAGAAUGACUUGCAGCAAAUGGAUUGGGAAUUUUCUGAAGAACUGCACAAGAAGGCAAAAACUAAGAAGCUAAGCCCUGCUCUUAAACACAUUGCAGAACAAGGAGAGUGUCAAGGAAAUGCCAUCACUACAGCUGCUUCUCACAAAUUACAUGAGCAGAUUACCACUAGUAGAGCUGAAUAUUCUUCAUCUGUUGGGGUGGACAAGACUUCUCAUGAAAAACUCUCUGGAACUCAGCAGGACAGCAGAACAGCCAGGGCUGGUGGAGCUUCAGUCCUUGUUGAGAACCCUUGGGAUAAGGAAUUGAUUUGCAAAUUCUUAUCAGAGCUCCCUAAGCCACUCAGUACCUAUGCCAACUACUUUGAAUGGAAAUCUGUUCUUCCACCUAUCCAAGCGAGGGCUGAACUCCAUCUUGGUUCCCUCUCAGUCUGUGUGGACAGCUUGGUUGGAGAAGGAGCUUUUGCUCAAGUCUACCAGGCUUCUGUUCUGAAUGCGAGUGACCCUAGAAGCAAUCAGAAAGUAAUAUUCAAGGUCCAGAAACCUGCCAAUCCUUGGGAAUUCUACAUAGCAACUCAACUGGUAGAAAGACUCGAUCCAAGUAUACACCAUCUUUAUAUCCACCUUUAUUCUGCUCAUUUCUUUCAAAAUGGAAGUAUUUUGAUUGGUGAGCUCUAUAACUAUGGAACUUUGCUGAAUGCCAUAAACAUUUACAAAAAGCUUCCUGAAAAGGUGAUGCCUCAAGCAUUUGUAAUCUAUUUUGCUGUGAAAAUUCUUCAUAUGGUAGAAGAGCUCCAUAGCUGCAAAAUCAUUCAUGGUGACAUUAAACCCGAUAAUUUCAUGCUUGGAGAAAGGUUUCUGGACAAUGAUACAUGUGACAUAGAUGAUCUCUCACAUGGCCUGACGCUCAUUGAUUUGGGACAGAGUAUAGAUAUGAAACUCUUUCCUGAAGGAACUGCAUUUACUGCAAAGUGUGAAACAUCUGGGUUCCAGUGUAUUGAAAUGCUGACCCAGAAACCAUGGAACUACCAGACAGACUACUUUGGCAUUGCAGCAACCGUCUACUGCAUGCUGUUUGGUACUUACAUGCAAGUGAAGAAUGAAAGUGGUGUCUGGAAGCCUGAAGGAUCUUUCAGAAGGCUUGUCAAUGCUGAACUGUGGAAAGAGUUCUUUGACAUCAUGCUAAACAUACCAAGUUGCCAUAGCCUGCCUUCUUUAACCGCUUUGCGCAACAGACUGAAGGACUUAUUUUGCAAGUCGUAUGCAAAGGAAAUAAAGCUCCUUAGGAGAAGACUUGUUGUGUUGCUCAUAGAGCACAAACGGUCACGAAAAUAGCUUGCAUUUAGCUUGCAAAAUGAUUGAGGAUGGGAAUGUCAUGCACGUGGAAUAUUUUUGUAGCAUCUUUUAAACCUAAAUGUUGUUGGCCUAGCUUCAGGAAUGGUAACUUUCAUGUUUGCAUGAAAUAGUGCAGAAAUGUCACCUUUUGAAAACUAGAGUAAGUGUUAAUGGAACUUGCCCAGUUUUGGUGUGGGAGACACAGGCAUGAUGGAGGGGAAUAAUAUGUUGUGUAUUUUGGGGGGAGAAAAAGCUAGUGAAGAGGGCUGUACAAGUAAAGUAAUUGCUUUCAACUUCCAAUGUAUAUAGGCUAGGAAGUAUAUUGGUAAUAAAUGCUGUCCAGCCAGGUGAAAGUCAGGCUGAUCUUUGAAACUGAAAGAGUGUGUGAUGUGUUCAGGAUGUGUUUUCCUCAAUAUGAAGAACAACAAGCUUUGUGGAAGGAGCAAGCUGCUGGAAGCUGAGAUGUAAUUCCAAACUGUGGUCCUACCAUUGUGAAAGACUCCAGAAUCUCUUCUAAGAGAAGAGAGUAAUUGGAAGUGAAAUAGUACGUGCAACUGGUUACAAGAAGGUGAACUUCUGUGACUUACUAGACUUCAUCAUGGAAAAGAACAUGUGCCAUGCGUAAGGAAGGGUUUUCCAUAUGUCCCUCCUCUCUCCGAAGAAAAGCUGCUGGAGCCACCUGCAAAUAACUAAGGAAAUGAGCAAGCACAGUUUUGAGUUGGUGAUAAGAUGAGCACUGCUACUUGUCCAUGCAUUCAAGACUGCUGUUACUACAAUUCCCUUGAGCUUUGUGGCUUGUAUAUUCACAAUGCUUCUGUUCCACCCUUUUUCUCAGCAACUGCUAAUCUCAGUUUCUUUCAGCAUAGAUGAGAUUUGGAUUAGACUGAACUGAACUCUCACCUGCCACUUCUUUGUUAAAUUUGCUUCUGAACAUUCAAAAAUUAGUAUAGGCAUGGGCAAAAGCAAGAGGCAAGUGUGUGUCUCCAUGCUGGAACUGAAAUAGUUGUUUCCUGGUCAUUAUGAGGUUUUGUUUUUCCUUACUGUGGCAAAAAGUUGUGUUGUGGUAUCUGGCACCUUGCUCUGAAAAACUCCAGAAAAGCUUAUUUUACCAGUACCCUUUUUUCUCUAUUUUGUUUGUUAAAAUUAUCUAAUUCUAUACAUCUUAACUACAGUGGCCAAUAAAACAGUGCAUUGAUUUGCUA